CCUGUUCAUCCAGGAGCCUGAGCUCUAAGCUCCUACUGAAGAAGACGGGGCAGGACACUGCACGCAACAAGACUUCAUCAGUUUAGGACAGCAGCAAUGAACACAACACUGGCAACUGUGACCUUGUGCCUGGUGGCCCUCAUGGCCACAGGUUUCCCUCUGGAGAGGAAAGGGGCUUCACCUUCUGGUGCCAAGGAGAAGCGCGUCCAGUUCGCAGCGUGGGACGAUGUUAAUGUCAUAGCCCACGGCCUGCUGCAACUGGGCCAGGGAUUGAAGGAGCAUGUGGACAAAACCAAAGUCCAGAUGAGGGACAUUUUCACCAAGCUCAAAGUGUUCAACCGCACUGUGACCGAGCUGGGGAAGGAAAGCCAGAGGCUGCGAGCGGAGGGAGAGGCCCUGAAGGCUCGGGCCCAGGGGCUGGAGGAGCGUGAGGGUCAUCUGCUGAACGUCACAGCCGAGCUGAGGGAGAAAGCAGAGGAGGUGCAGCACGACAGGAGGACCGUGAAUGAGAGAAUGAGCCGGCUGGAGCAGAGGGUGGACAGCAUGCUGCAGGGAGACGCUGCACGGCCUGACAUGAACUCUGGUGCCAAGAACAACAGUGAUGUGCACAUCAUCCAGCUCAUGCUGGAGGCUCAGGGCAGACGCGUCGAUGAUCUGAUGGAGCGCAUCAGACAUCAGCAGGAGAAGCUUGACAAGCAAAAUGUGCGAAUCAGGACUCUGCAGAGCCAGAUCCAGCAGUCUAGACAGAGGCCUCCGUGGCGGAGCAGCAGCGCGGAGGGGCCCACGCAGAGCGGCGUCGCCGAGCAACACGACUCUCCAGUCGAGAUGGCAGCAGACUGUCACCAGCUGUUUCUGAGAGGCGAGACCACCAGCGGCGUCUACAUUAUCCAGCCGGUUGACUCAGAACCUUUUAAUGUCUUCUGUGAGAUGACGGCCGAUGGUGGAUGGACGGUCAUCCAAAGGCGCCAAGAUGGCUCAGUGGACUUUGACCAGCUGUGGCAGGCUUACGAGAAAGGCUUUGGCAGCCUCAAUGGAGAAUUCUGGUUGGGCCUGGAAAACAUCUACUCUAUUGCUAAAGAUGGCGGCUACAUCCUCAACAUCAAGCUCUCAGACUGGGCAGAAGAAUUAGCCUCCAUCCAACUUCCCUUCCAACUGGGUGAAAAAGUAAGCAACUAUUCGCUCUUGGUUCAGGAUGCCGGCACUUUUAGUACCCUGGAGAGUUCCUUGGGGAUCGAUGCCGCUCCUGGUCUGCCGUUUUCCACCCGUGACCAGGACAAUGACCGGAAAGCAGACAUCAGCUGUGCCAAACACCUCUCUGGUGGUUGGUGGUUCAGUAACUGUGGUCGUUCCAACCUAAAUGGCAGAUACUUCCAGAGCCCUCCUCCCAAACAGCGGCAUCAGAGGAAGCAGGGCAUCUUCUGGAAGACCUGGAGGGGCCGCUACUAUCCUCUCAAGUCCAGCACGAUGAUGAUCGCCCCCGCUGCAAUCAUCAAGAGUACGCCAUAAAGAGUACGCCAUCAAGAGUACUCCAUCAAGAGUACGCCAUCAAGAGUACGCCAUCAAGAAUAUGCCAUCAAGAGUACGCCAUCAAGAGUACGCCAUAAAGAGUACGCCAUCAAGAGUACUCCAUCAAGAGUACGCCAUCAAGAGUACGCCAUCAAGAAUACGCCAUCAAGAGUACGCCAUCAAGAGUACGCCAUCAA